AAAGCUGGUCUGUUGGAUCCAAAAACCUCUACUGGAGACCUCAGUGAGCAGCGUGGAUUCGCCCCGUCAGCCUCCAAGAAGACGACCUCCUAUUACUUCAAGUCACCCCGCCCGUCUGCCUAUCGUCUCCUCCCCUAAACCUUAACAGCGAUCAACCUUUGGAGCGGCUCUGUGUUGGACAUCACUGACCCUGAGGGAAAGUGAUAGAGCCGAAACACAUAACUGCAAUAUUCUCAAGACUAUCUUCUUUGACAUCAAACAGCAGAAUUAAGGGGAAGAGGACGCAGAAGUGCGGGCGCGUUUGCGUGCCUGCCGAACAAUGCGCUGAGCGCCAAAGCAUCCGAUAUAGACUGGAAUAAGAGUUCAUCACGGGAAGUGUUUGGAAACGCGCGCAGUUUUGCAAGAAACAAAAGGCGACCCUAAAUGCGCACACUGUAGGAAGAGUCAUGCAUCUGAACACACAAGAAGACAACAGCAAAGGCUCAGAGUCUCUCAGUGUUUUCCUGCUGUCUGUUGCAUUCGUAAUAUGUACCAUUUGGCUGGUAGCUCUAUGUGGCGUCUGCACCUGGUGUCAGCGUAAACUGGGCAUGAGGAAUAAGCCAGGGGUGGAAGCUACUGGCUCUCCAGAUUCUGUGAGAGGCAGAGGGGAAAAUAAAGCCAUCAAUGAUCUAGACAGAGAUUUUUGGAAUAACAAUGACAGCAGCAAUGUGCAGCAGAGGUGGAGCUCCUAUCCACCCAAAGAGUUUCUCUUAAACAUGUCUCCCUACGCUCCCUAUGGAGAUCCUCGUCUAACACCAAAUGGGGCAGUGGAUAAGGGUGGUCAGGGUGGUGCUGGACCCUCGCCGGGGGCCAGUGACAGCGGGGGUGGUGCUUGCUCCGGUACAGGAGCAGGGCCAAGUCGCAGUGACAGCGUUCGAAGCAUGGUGUCUGGUGGCAGCAAGGCAGGGCGCUGGCAGACGGUCCAGAGCCACAUGCAUGCCGGAGGCCUGCGGUUUGGCAAUUUUGGGGACGCCUCCCUUUCUUCUGCCUCCACCCUUGAGCACAUCCCAUCCUCGGCUGUGGCAAGGCCCCGUCCUCUGGUCCGGCAGCAGAGCCUCCAACAGCCUCUCACUCACCAGCCUCCCCCGGGUCCAAACGACCCUCCGGUCACCUCACAAAGUCUGGGCCAGCUCCACACGGGUCCAGGCGGCGGGGGCCACCGUGGGGGCCCGCGGGGGGUCCGGGGGAGUCCGGCUGGAGCCUCCCGGUAUCGAACAGGGGCCGGACGAUCACGCUCAAAUCCUGGCAGCUGGGACCACAUGAUGGAGCAAAUCCGUCACAGAGGGCUAGACGUCAAGUCUUUCCUUGAGGGGAAGAUGGUUGUUCUGUCUCUAGCAAUCGGGCUGGCUGAACAGGAUGACUUUGCCAACCUCCCAGAUCUUCAGGAAGCGCCAACAGGCAAAGAAAAUGAAACCACACCAGACAAAAGAACACCUGGUAACAAACCAGGCAGCAGCACCAGAGGUCAGACAGCGGAAGAGGCUGGACGCAGACAGGGGCAGAGCAACGAAGCCAACUCUUCUGUCUCCGACUUGGCCAACUCUGUCACCAGUGAAAUGCUCAUGUUGUCUCCAGGCUCAGAGGAGGAUGAGCAUGAGGGUCCGGUGUGUGAGAAGCUGGGUCGUAUUCAGUUCAGCGUGGGCUACAGCUUUCAAGACUCAACACUCACUGUCAAAAUCCUCAAGGGUCAGGAAUUGCCUGCAAAGGAUUUUUCUGGAACUUCAGAUCCUUUUGUUAAAUUGUACCUGCUGCCUGACAAGAAGCACAAACUCGAGACGAAAGUGAAAAGAAAAAAUCUGAAUCCCCACUGGAAUGAGACUUUUCUGUUUGAGGGGUUUCCCUAUGAAAAGGUGGUUCAGAGGACUCUGUACCUGCAGGUUCUUGACUACGACCGAUUCAGCAGGAAUGACCCUAUAGGAGAAGUAUCCAUCCCCCUCAACAAACUGGACCUGGCCAACAUGCAAACUUUCUGGAAGGAGCUGAAACCAUGUAGCGAUGGCAGUGGGAGUCGAGGAGAUCUGCUGGUUUCUUUGUGUUACAACCCUACAGCCAACAUCAUCACUGUGAGCAUCAUCAAAGCCCGCAAUCUGAAAGCCAUGGACAUUGGUGGCACUUCUGACCCCUAUGUAAAAGUGUGGCUGAUGAACAAGGAUAAGCGUGUGGAGAAGAAGAAGACAGCGGUAAUGAAACGCUGUCUAAACCCUGUUUUCAAUGACUCCUUCCCCUUUGACGUGCCUGCCCACGUACUGAGGGAGACCACCAUAAUUAUCACUGUCAUGGACAAGGACAGACUCAGUCGCAAUGAUGUCAUUGGAAAGAUUUACCUUUCAUGGAAAAGUGGCCCUGCAGAAGUGAAACACUGGAAAGACAUGAUGGGUCAUCCUCGCACUGCCGUGGCCCAGUGGCAUGCUCUCAAGGCCUGAGAGAGCCAGCAGGCGGCCUACCUGCAAUGUUUUUCCCCCCAGAAUUCAGCAUUAGUUGCUCAGUCCCUCCCGUCAGCAUACAGCCCCUCCUGCUUGCACGCAGGGGUGGGCUGUAGACCAUGUCUCACCUCUUUUUUCUCAGGCCUCUUUGAUAUUCCUUCUCCUCAUCUAUGUGACACUUAAAUUUCACCCCUUGUCAAGUUGUGAUUUCCACCUGACUCUUUUCUAUCUGUCUGUCUGAACUUAAAAAUGCCUUUGAUGUCUCUACUUCCCUGUGCCCUCUUUCCAUUUCUUCCCCGAGAUAUCCUUCAAUCUUUCUUCCAUCAUGAAAGAUUGAGACCAUUCCCAGAGUGUAACAUCAGAGCAUCUAUGAAUACAAACUACCAACAAAAAAGGAUCAAACUGAUUGUCGAGCCAUCUUCUCUGACAGCGAGAUGGACCGUGAUAAAACAUGCACACAAGUGUGACCGCCACUGACCUGUGGAGCCCAUUUACCACCCACCUAUGAUGCGGAAGCAGGAGCCUCCCACUCUGCUCCUGGCUGGUCUGCUUCUCUUUUACAGGUCCUAAACUCCCAUACCAUUCCUAAGAAAAUCAGGAACCCCUCAAAGGCAAGAAAAAGAGGCACAUGCUGAAUUUUAAAAGAGAUCAGAACCGCUCAACUUGUGUUUGAUCUUUUUCACCUUUCAUUCUAAACACUGUAAUAAUUCUCCCUUUGGUCGGAACCCCUUUGUUGUCUGUGCGUGCUGUGAGUGACGUGCUGUAAUCCCAAAUGAGGUUCCUCAACAAAUAAAAAAAGAACAUAAAUAGAUGGAUAUGAGCAUUUAAUACAGUGGUCUGGUAGGCAAAAUUAUGAAAAUAUCUUUUUUCCAAAAAAACAUCUUGUUAGAUGUAAAAAAAAAAAAAAAGAAGAAGCUAAUUGAUUCACCAAUUGUAUCAUUUACAAGUAAGUAAGGAAUGAGUUUGUUCUUCCAAAAAAAAAAAAUGGUAAGGUGCAGAAGACUACGUUGUUCUGGGUAUAUUAAGGGUAUUGAUCAGCAUGUUACAAUUAGAAAAAGUUGAAAGAAAAGUCUGCAAAGUAUUAGUCUACCCAAAUCACAGACCUACAACAUCCUUUCCAAUGUACUAAGCAAAACAUGAGUUAGCUGUAAGAUUAUUGCCAGUGGUGGAUGGCACACACCAGGCAACACCACUGCAUAAACACAAGUUUCCUGAAUCUGAAAAAAUAUCUGUUAAAAUAAUGAAAACUCUCCAAAUAUAGCUGCCAAAGCAGACUCAUACAGAGUUGUAAUCUUUUCUAAAUUUUUGCAUAUGAACUUUCACAAACUGCAUUAAAAAAAUGAUUUGACACAAGAAGAAGUCUACCAGAAAGGCUGGCGCCCCACAUACAUCCUGGUCGUGCAGAAAUUGAUUUUGAACUGAGAAAAAGUCUGAAUUACAAGCUCGUUUGCUUUGCUUUGAAGGCUGAAUCCAGCUUGUUCAAACAAAGUGAGUGGCUUAAUGCUAAGAAUUGAUCUCAAUUUGGGAAAUGUUCAAGUAUUCUAUUAUCUUCAGUUACCUAGUUUUACAAAAUGAAAAACAUUAGAAAAGUUUGAACUUCUGUUGAACAAAAACUCGUUUUUGUUCUUCUGAUGCCAUUUUAUGUGAGCCAGAGAAGGAGUGACUGUUUGGGACCAAGGUGCAAUACUGUCAGAGGGAAAAAAAGCUAUCAAAUAAAUGAAGUAAAAUUUUAGUUUAUUUUUAAUUUUUAUUUUGAAUAUUUGUGUGCGAUUUGGGUGAACUGAUUGACAAAUUUAUGCAAUAAAUCAUCCAGAAAAGGAUUUGUCAAGAAAGUAGAGCUAAACCACACGAAUCAAACAAACUUAUUUUAAGUUGUCAACAGAGUUGCAUUUUAGUGUGGUCUGAAACCCUGAACAUUGAAUCUGUAGAUUCCACUGGAUGGGGAAUUUAUGAUAAUUUGGGGCUCCUGAAUAAAGUUCAGGUCAGUCUUCCAGGUGUUUACUGCCUCAGUGUGACCUUCAUCGAGUUCCAAAUAGACCUGUGUUGCAUGAAGGAAAACAAAAAAAAAGAGAAAUAAUAUCUGCAGGGAGGGGAGUACUUCUACAUUCCAUUGUUGGUUGUGUCUUCAGGAUUGUGUGCGUGUGUGAAUGUCAGUACUAGGACUUUGCUUUGUGUGAUUGUGCUUACUGUAAGUCUUGCUGUGUACCUGAAUAAUUCUGCCAGUUUAGGAGAGAGUGAAAAAAAAACACUGUUUUCUAUUUUUCUUCUGUGUGGAUUUAAAUCUGCAAAUAAAUUUUAUCAUUUCGCUUUUAAGACUAGCACUGAACUUUCUGGAGAUAAUGCUGGAAUAAACCUCUCUUAAUAGCAGGAUGUUUUGUUGUUUUGGUUAGCUUUUUUCUCCUAGUGUGUGACGUUUGGCAUGAAAAGGAAAUCUCCUCCACUUGAGCUGACAGUGAAGGUCACAGGACAAAUUUUUACAAACACACUGAAGCCACGCCUACAUGUCUAUUAUUUGAUUGUUGUGCACUUGAUCGGUUGUUUAAACUGAAACCAACAUUUUUUUUGUCCUUUUAUCUUUGUCCCUUUCUAUUUUUCAUAUAUAGUCUAAGAUGAUACACCAAAAAAAAAAAAAAAACAGGACCGCUCCUUGAAAUCUCAUCUGGCGCUCCCCCAAAACAUCCCCAUUGUGCACACAUGCUUUCUGGCACAAAGUGAUCUGUGUGUGCCUUAUAAAUGUUGCCACACCUUGUUCUUUGCCAUAUGUGCUGCCUCUCCUGGUGUCAGGAGAGGUGGAGGUAAAAAAAAAAACUAAAGGUGAGACAAAGGAUGAUCAUCACAUCAUUUGCGUCACUGUUAUCUACGUCUCAGGUCAGAGCAGAGCCUAUAGGAGCUUCUAAAAUGA